GAGAAACAGCAGCAGAUUCACCAGAGAAACACACAAGACAUGAAAAAAAUGGCUCAGAUUCUAUAUGUCAGUCUUCUUGUCAUUGCUCUCUGCUCAUUAUCUGAAGGCAUUCAGCGCCGCUAUCACUAUAUAAACAUGAAUAAGACCUGGACUGAAGCUCAGAGAUACUGCAGAGAGAACUACACAGAUCUGGCCACAGUCCACAACAUCAAUGACAUGAACGAGCUGAAGAACACUGUGAAUAACAAUCAGAAGUAUGUCUGGAUUGGACUGAAGAGAACAGGUGAAUGGAAGUGGUCUCUGGGUGGUCCUGUGAAAUAUCUGAACUGGGAAACUGAACCAUCAGAUAACACAAAUAAUUGUGCUGUUAUGAGAAAUGGAACAUGGCGUCAGCAGGACUGUGAUGUGGCGUCACAGUUCAUCUGCUACAAUGGUGUUUCAAAGGAUUUCAUCAUCUGUGAAUCACAGACUUUCCUUCUCAGCUGUGACCAGGGAACCAUUAAAGUCCUUUCAGCCAGUUAUGGGCGCACAGACCGACAGACCUGCUCUGCUGGAAGACCAGAUUACCAGAUAUCAAAUGUUCAGUGCACUCUGAGUACAUCUCUAAGCGUGGUGGCCACUCGGUGUGAUGGAAAAACGAGUUGUUCUUUGAACUCUGCAGUUUUCACUGAUCCUUGUGGUGGAACUUACAAAUACCUGAAUGUGUCUUAUGAGUGUGUUGAAGCACCACCAAACAGCAGUAAAGCAUACAUCAUUGAUACUUCUAGUAAAACAUGGAGAGACGCUCAGAGAUUCUGCAGACAGCAUCAUACUGAUCUGAUCAAGGUGAGGAACCAGACUGACAAUCAACUGAUCCACAACAUCAUUAAUGACCCUCAGAGAUCUGUCUGGAUUGGUCUGUUCAGAGACUCGUGGGAGUGGUCAGAUCACACUGACUCCACCUUCAGAUACUGGAAGUCUGGUCAACCUGAUAAUUAUGGUGGUUAUGAAGAUUGUACAGCGGUCGAUAUGAAUAAUGAGGGGAAAUGGCACGACGUAUCUUGCAGUGACUCUAACACUUUUGUGUGUCAUGAAGUGUUUGUGUUGAUUGUGUGUUCAGAUGAGCUGAUAUUGAUCCAGGAGAAUCUGAGCUGGACUGAAGCUGUGACAUACUGCAGAGAGAAUCAUGUGGAUCUGGUCUCAGUGGAUUCACAGGAGAUUCAGCUCAUGGUGACUGAAGUUCUUCAUCAUGCCUGGACUGCUGAGGUGUGGCUGGGGUUACAUCACUCCUGCUCUGUGGGCAUCUGGUUCUGGGUGAAUGGAGAGGUCGUGUGUUAUCAGAAUUGGGCUCCGGGGAAUGAAGCAGCAGUGGACAACUCUGAGAGUGAAGUGAGAUCUGGAGCGGUUCAGUCUGGAGGAGAUCAUCUCUGGAUCAGCCUUCCUGGAUCUCACAAACUCAACUUCAUCUGCAGAAGAAAGGAGAAAUAAAGAGACUUUUUUGGUUCCUUUGUUAACUUUCUGAUUUUGUUAUUUAGCAAUAGGGAGCAUUUAAAUGUCAGGGAUCAGGAACUAUUUUUUAGAGGAAGGAAGGCUUAAAGUUAUUUUAUUUUAAGAAAUUUGCAUUUAUUACACAUCGUUUUGCUUUAAUACUUGUAUUGCAGUAAUCGUCUUUUAAAAGCAAUAAGGUACUUGAGGCUAGUGCUUUAUCGUUAAUAAAUCAUGACUGAAAGGGUUGUUCUGCUUCACAUAGCAACUUAAAUGAUUCCUUAAGAUUCUUCUGUACUUGAGGUGAAAUCUGGUGAAGGUUGACUUUCAUUCUGUGUGUGUUGGAUUCAUGUAAUAGUGAUGGAUCAGUUAAAAUAAACUCUAAUAUACAGACAGUAUUUUCUCUCCUGACUUUUCACUCCAUAUUCAAUCGUCACAGUUAUUAAAAAUGUUUAGAUUUAUGAUAUGAAAGUGGCAGCCUAUUGAUGCUGACUAAAUGUGGCACUUUAAGCUGAAAUUAACUUAAACAAUGACAUUUUAUUCACAUUAUGAAUGCACAAAUGAAAACAUUCUGCUUCCACCAACCAGCACAGUCAUGUGGGGCCCAGCUGGGUUUGAUGUGGGCUGUCUUCUGGGUCCACGUAGGCCCCACAUGGGUCAGCCCACAUAAAAUGAACACUGCUUAGUGUGCAUACUAAAGGCUGCUAAAUGUAACACUGAAUGUUGGAGUGAAUAGAUAAUGAAGUGAUAACAAACAGAACCACUGAUGGACAGAGAAGCAACAAAAACAGAAAUACAGUAUAUAAAACUAGUGCUGUCAAAAUUACCGCAUUAGUGACGCGUUAACGCAAAUUCAUUUUAACGGCACUGUUAUUUUUAACGCGCGAUUAAGGCAGCGCGCAUUUUCUGUUUGACCCUUGGACUUGCCCAUAUGGGAAAUGGACAUGCAGCAGCAAACAGAAAUGGAGAAGGAGAAAGGUCAUCUGAAUGGAAAAUUCAUAUAUAAAACGAUGUCUGAUGGUUCUGUCGACAAGACAAAAGUGAUCUGCAUUUAUUGUCAAAAUGAAUUAAGUUAUCACCGCAGCACGUCGAGUUUAAAAUAUCACUUGAUGGCGAAGCAUACAACUGACACAGAGAGCUCUCCUCCUCCUCGCCAAAGUCAAACAACACUCGAUUGUUUUCAGAGGAGACGGAUGGACAACUUCACAAGCAACAGACUCACCACAUCGAUAGCUAAAUGGGUGGCUACAGCAUGUAGGCCAGUUAAUGUAGUGGAGGACGAGGGUCUACUUGAAAUUAUUCACAUCGCAUCUAAAGAUUACACAUAUGAACUACCUUGGAGAGCCACUGUUACAAGCAAGAUUCACGACUCCUACAAAGAGGAGAAAGCUAAAGUCGAAGAGGCGUUGAGAAUAGUAUCACGCCCACGACCCGUUGGCUGAACGUCAGAUACAUUUGGCACACUUUUUUGGAAACACUUCAACGAGUUCGAAGUAGUUGUCUGAAUGGUUAAAUUCCACAGGAUUUCCGGGAGACGUGUGUGUCACGUUCUUUAACAGUCCGCCGGGAAACAAAACAAAGCGGUCCGAUCGAAUUAGAAAGCUUCCGUGUUACAUCAGUGACAAUGAGCGUUCAUCAAGACCGACUAAACGCUGCUUUUUUAAAAGUAUGCGAGGUGCAUAGUAUAGAUUCUUUAAAAGACGUCAAGAGUUUUGUUUGAGGUACUUAGUGGAGUCUAAAAGAGAUGUUUUAACAUGUUUGCCGACUGGAUAUGGCAAAAGUCUUAUCUUUCAAGCCUGGCCCACCGUCUCCCAGAAUUUGGAGGGGUACCAUAGAGAUACAAUUUUGCUUGUUGUUUGCCCUCUCACAUCUAUUAUGGAAGAUCAAGUAAAAUACCUCGACGUGAAGGGGAUAUCCGCCGCAUAUGCAGGCCAAGAUGAAAGAACAGACGCUGACAUAGCAGUAGGAAGGUUUAGUCUUGUGUUUGGUUCUCCAGAACUGCUUGUUGGAGUUAAAAAGUGGAGAGAUAUGCUCCAAACAAAUGUUUACCGGGAACAUCUUAUUGGCAUGGCUGUCGACGAAGUGCACACCGUCGUACAAUGGUAAGUAAUGCUAUUGUUCUCUGCCAAGUAGGUUUUGUGUAUUUUCUGUUUUAAUGCAUAAAACUUACUAAACAGCUGUUUUAUGCUUACAUUAGUUUGCUUUAGUUACGUAUAUUUACAUGUGUGUUUAAGCCGGUGCUCUAGGAGACUGAAGCCUCAUUGUAAAAGUAAAUUUGGAGACGAUCGUGAAUGAAUGAUUUACUAGUUGCACAUCGGUCUGUGAUUGUGGGGACAUUUCCACACAACUAAACAUGACGCAGCACAAAACAAUACUGGAUUGGUAGCUUCACCUGUCAGUCAUAUUGUCUUUUGGGGCGGGCCUUGACCAAUAAAAGCGGCCAAAGUUACCAGACCUUCAGCAUGAAGGCUACGUUAAGACAGACAAACACGGUUGCGCUCACCGGAGAUUACUGGACUUCCCUCAGUAACCAUAGCUACCUGGGGGUCACGGCCAAGGCCGGACAUACCAUUGGCCUUCACUGUGCACUCGUUCAUUUGAUUUGUUUAGUUAUAUGCCAGAAGCGCAGCGCAGAAGUGGAGUUUCUUAACUAUAUACUGUGUGUAUAUAUAUACGUAUAUAUGUAUAUAAAUACAGUAGGCCAAGGGGGUUGCCUGCCGCCGCUCACAGAUUCGGAUUGUUUUUUUUUGUUUGUUUUGUUUAACAGAUAAAAUAAUUGUAAUUUCAUAUUAAAAUUAACCAAUGAAUCAUUUAAAAUCAUUUAAAUGAAUUAAAUGUGAAAAAUUGGAUGUAAGUCCAAAUAAAGUCUAGAAGAAGAAAGAGGAGAGCCUGGAAGCAUGGCCUAGUGGCCUGAACUCCAAAGCUCAAGUAAAAAGGAAGAGAAUGAAGUAAGGGCAGAACUCAAGAGCAGAGCUCAAGGAGAACAGGCCAGAGGAGAAGAGCCGGAGCUCACAGAGACAGCAGCUUCCAGUGAGAAGAAGUAGAGACAGAGCAUAUCUUAUCCCUUUUAAAAGAUUCAAUUUAAAUCGAAUAUGGCCCAAAACACACAAUAUUUUGUAAUUGUUUUGCUGUGGAGUCCUUCAGGUCACUGGGUUCCACCAUCUCGCUUGAACAGAUUUUGCCAAGUAAGAGAUGUUGUUAUGGCAACAUUGUUGACAACAUUUUUGUAGAAAAAGUCUACACCCACUCCAAACUCUAUAACCAUAACCAUAUCCCUUAAACCAGAGGGAAAUGAUAGAUGAAUAAUAAGGGUGCAGAGGCCAAAGCCUUGGUUAGCUUAAUCUUAACAUGAAGUGUAACUAAUCCCUCAAAUCUCAUUGGUUGAUUGAAAUGUUGUCCCAGGGUCAACAUCUCGCACUUGGUGAAAUCAGGAAAGCCCCACCAUCUCACAGGACCUAAAGUUAGAGACUUGCGAGGGGUUGUUCUGUGCACUUCAGUAACGGUCUGGUUUGUCUCAGCUGCUCCCCUGCCCGUCCUUGUAGUCCUUGAAAAUGGCAGGAAAAGCCAUCACAGAGUUCAUACCCUGGCCACAAUCCUUUUGAACGGUUGUCCUCUAGCCAAUGCUUCACAUGAAGUACAAGAACAUUUAAGCUCAAAAGUAUAUUUUCCCCCACAGAUAAUGUCAUAAUUACUGUUAUAAUGACAUAAACAUGUGUUAUGGAUGUGACAAAAAGGACACGGUUUUUGGGAGACGACAAAUUUUGUACGAUUUGUGAAUUAAAAUGCACAAACCUGAAGCAAAUAUAACCAACAAAUGAAGCAUGACAAAAAGACAACAAAGCCCCGGGAUCAGACCGGGAAAAAAAUCGAUCGAAAAAUUUACUUCUUACUUACUGUCUCUGCUAAAACAAUCAAUCUCAAUUGCGAGAACAUUAGAAAGCAAAUAAGAUUAUUAAAUAUCUAUAUCUAAUAGCUUGUUGUGGUGAGGACUUUCACUGGCCAUCAAGCACAAAUAGAUAAGUGGAACUUUCGCAUGUUACAUGCAUUGUGAUAGCAAAGAGUCUAGAAAUGGAAGGCAACCCCCCAGGCCUACAGUAAUGGUUUAACCCUACCGC